AUGGAUAAACCAUUAAGUGCCGAUGAUUUCUCUGCCAUGGAGGGACAGUUGAGACAAUGUCUCGAGGAGGACAGAAGGUACUCGCGCGUCAACGAAGUCAAAUGUGACGCUAUUCAUACUGCGAAGACUUACGAAGAGUUUGCCGACCGUGUCGCUGCUGCUCACUUACGUCCUUUGGAAAAAGCAGACUACAAACACAAAUGUUCGCGCGGCUGGAAUAAAUUUGCAACCAACGAUUGA